AUGGGAAGCGAAGAUUCGAUUGGGAUGAGGGGAAGGAGAGCAGGCGACGUUUUGGUUCGAAGUGUUGGGGUCAAGAUGGGAUUGAAGGAGCCGAGCGUGGAUUUGUUAGGGGUCGAGAAGGCAGUGGAGGUGCCUGUGCUGUGGACAACGAGUAGUGGAAGAAGGUUGGCUAAGAGUUUUUCUUUUGUGAAGUUUGCACGCAAAAAGACGUUGAAGAUGUAUGAUUUGAGCAUUCUAAAACAGCCCCGCCGGAGUUCAUGA